AUGGGGGAGAUAAAUAAUAAGCAUUCGGAAUGGGACACAGGAAAAGGCUUAAGAGAACCAAUUAAAACUCUAGAGGACAAAUGGAAACUUGUUCCUUCUUUUCUCCAAAUAAAAGGAUUAGUUAAACAACAUAUAGAUUCAUUUAAUUAUUUUAUAAAUGUAGAAAUCAAAAAAAUUGUUCAAGCUAAUGAAAAAGUCUUUUGCGAUUCAGAUCCUUUGUUUUAUAUUAAAUAUUUAAAUGCAUAUGUGGGAACACCAGAUUUAGAAGAAGGUUUUAAUGUAACUAAACCUACUACUCCUCAUGAAUGUCGACUUAGAGAUAUGACAUAUUCUGCACCUAUUACUGUUGACAUAGAAUACAUAAGAGGCAAUCAAAGAGUUAUUAAAAAUAAACAAUUAAUUGGAAGAAUGCCGUUAAUGUUGAGAUCUUCAAACUGUGUUUUGACAAAUAAAUCUGAUUUUGAAUUGGCUCAAUUGAAUGAAUGUCCACAUGAUCCUGGUGGUUAUUUUAUCAUAAGAGGCCAAGAAAAAGUAAUAUUAAUUCAAGAGCAAUUAUCUCGGAAUCGAAUGAUUGUUGAUGAAUUUAAAGGGGCCAUUCAAUGUCAAGUUACAAGUUCAACCCAUGAAAAGAAAACAAGAACAAAUGUUAUUGUAAAAAAUGGAAAAUAUGUGCUACGACAUAAUGCCUUGUCUGAUGACAUUCCCAUAGCAGUGGCUUUCAAGGCAAUGGAUAUUUGCAGUGACCAAGAAAUAAUGCAACUAGUUGGUACUGAUGAUGCAAUUGUCAAGAAAAUGGCACCAUGUAUAAUGGAUUGCCACAACUUAAAAAUUUUUACACAAAAUCAAGCUCUUGCAUAUAUUGGAAGUAAACUUAAAGUAAAAAGAUUUCAAACAGCAAACGCAAAAUUUAGAACUCCCAUAGAUGAAGCAAGAGAUCUCUUGGCAACAACUAUUCUAGCACAUGUGGCUGUGGAGAAUUAUAAUUUUUAUGUAAAAGCUAUUUAUUUAGCUAUUAUGGUUAAAAGGGUAAUAGAGGCAGAAAAUAACAAGGCAGCCAUUGAUGAUCCUGAUUACUACGGUAAUAAAAGGCUUGAAUUGGCUGGAUCAUUGUUAGCUCUCAUGUUUGAAGAUCUGUUUAAAAGAUUUAAUUGGGAAUUGAAAUCUAUAGCCGACAAAAUAAUACCAAAAGUAAAAGCUGCCCCAUUUGAUGUAGUGAAACAUAUGAGGCCAGACCUCAUUGCCAAUGGAUUGUUUACCGCAAUAUCCAGUGGAAAUUGGACGAUUAAAAGAUUUAAAAUGGAAAGGCACGGCGUCACGCAAGUUCUUAGCCGUCUUAGCUACAUAUCGGCUUUGGGUAUGAUGACAAGAGUCAAUUCUCAGUUUGAGAAAACUAGGAAAGUUUCCGGGCCUCGAUCGUUACAGCCAUCUCAGUGGGGUAUGCUUUGCCCUUCAGACACCCCUGAGGGCGAGGCUUGUGGCUUAGUAAAGAACUUAGCCCUUAUGACGCAUAUUACAACAGAAUGUUCUGAAGCCCCCAUAGCAAGGCUCGCGUGUAACGCAGGAGUCGAGGAUGUAAGGCUUUUGGGUGGAGAAGAAAUCAACCAUCCAGCUGUUUACAUGGUGUUUCUUAAUGGUAAUAUAUUAGGUGUGACAAGACAGUAUAAAAAGCUGAUCAAGAUAUUCCGAAUGUUCAGACGACGCGGUCUGAUAUCAGCCUUUGUCUCCAUAUACCCGAAUCAUAAACAACGUACAGUAUAUAUUUGCAGUGAUGGAGGAAGACUUUGCAGACCUUACAUCAUUGUAGAAAAGGGCCAUCCGUUAGUCCAGCAAUCGCAUAUAAAUGAAUUGAAUAGAGGUAUUAGAAAGUUUCAAGACUUCCUAACAGAUGGUUUGAUUGAAUAUUUGGACGUGAAUGAAGAAAAUGAUAGUCACAUAGCGACCGUCGAGCUGGAGAUAGAUCCGUACGUGACGACGCAUUUGGAGAUAGAGCCGUUUACUAUAUUGGGAGUAUGUGCGGGACUCGUCCCUUAUCCGCAUCACAAUCAAAGUCCCAGGAAUACUUACCAAUGCGCUAUGGGGAAACAGGCCAUGGGUACAAUUGGCUAUAAUCAAAAAAACCGCAUUGAUACAUUAAUGUAUAAUUUGGUAUAUCCUCAAUGUCCCAUGGUGAAAACAAGGACAAUAGAGCUAACAAACUUCGACAAACUGCCCGCCGGCCAAAACGCCACCGUCGCAGUGAUGAGCUACAGCGGCUACGACAUUGAAGACGCCUUGAUAUUGAACAGAGCUUCCAUCGAUCGAGGCUAUGGACGUUGUUUGGUGUACAAGAGUGCAAAAACUACAAUGAAACGCUACAGUAAUCAGACGUCUGAUAGAAUUUUGGGUCCGUCUAGAGAUGCGGUAUCUGGUAAAGUCAUUAAGGCGCAUGAAGUGUUGGAUACAGACGGUAUUGCAGCGCCCGGUGAAAUGGUUGAGAAUCGGCAAGUGUUGAUCAACAAACAAAUGCCACCGGCCACUUUGAACCCUAUCGGUCCAGGACAACCGCAGCAAAUCGACUACAAAGACGUCCCCAUAACAUACAAAGGCCCAGUCGAGUCGUACAUAGAAAAAGUAAUGGUAUCAUCGAAUUCUGAAGACGCCUUUCUCAUAAAAAUAUUGCUAAGACAAACCCGAAUUCCAGAAAUUGGUGAUAAGUUUAGUUCUCGGCACGGCCAGAAAGGUGUUACUGGAUUGAUAGUUCAGCAAGAGGACAUGCCGUUCAACGACCGCGGCAUUUGUCCAGAUAUGAUCAUGAACCCUCACGGAUUCCCUUCCAGAAUGACGGUUGGCAAGACGAUCGAGCUGUUGGCGGGGAAGGCUGGCUUAAUGGAGGGCAAAUUUCAUUAUGGAACAGCAUUCGGCGGUUCAAAAGUCCGCGACGUUUGCAAAGAACUAGAGAAGCACGGCUACAACUACCACGGGAAGGACAUCUUCUACUCCGGACUGACCGGCGAGCCGCUGGAGGCGUACAUAUACUCCGGGCCGGUGUACUACCAGAAGCUGAAGCACAUGGUGCAGGACAAGAUGCACGCGCGGGCACGCGGGCCGCGCGCCGUGCUCACGCGUCAGCCCACCGAGGGCCGCUCGCGCGACGGCGGCCUGCGCCUGGGGGAGAUGGAACGCGACUGUCUCAUCGGAUAUGGCGCUAGCAUGCUGCUAAUGGAGCGGCUGAUGCUGGCGUCGGACGCGUUCAGCGCGGACAUCUGCGGCGCGUGCGGGCGGCUGGCGGCGCGCGCGUGGUGCCACGCCUGCCGCUCCUCCGCCGCCGUCUCCGCCGUCGACAUGCCCUACGCCUGCAAGCUGCUGUUCCAGGAGCUCGCCGCCAUGAAUAUUGUGCCUAAACUCACACUCAAGAAGUACUGU